GUCAAACCCACAAACGGCAUCAAGGCCAUCCAGGAAAGUCAAGAGACCAUACAAAAGCCCAAGGGCUGCAGAGGAAGACAGCGGGACACACCUGGGGAGAUAUGGGAGAUCUACGUCUACAUAAAGCUUCUUCUCCAAGCGCCCGGGCAAGCCGAACAGUUGAUGAAAAAGGAGUUCGCGUCGAUCGGGGGUAGUGUAAGCCCAAUGACACUGUGCAACAAGGCAUGCGCAAGCACAGGGGCCAAGUCGCGGGAUCCAAAAAUAGGAAUAAUCAAAGUGUUUCCUGGACGGAAACUUUCAGAGAUUAAACUGAAAAGAACAGAUACUACACUUGAUCUAAGCCAAUAG